UAACGACAGGCGGCCUUCCGAUGAUAAGGGGUGAUAAGGGCACCGGGGAGGAAGAGAGAAGAGGGUAGAAGGAGAGGCAGUCGAGAGGACAGCGUUGGGAGAGACACUCGCCCCACACCAUUCUCCCCGUGACACCUGCCGGCCUAACCUCAUUACCACCUGGAAAUUCGAACGCACCUGGCUACACCUGAAGAUGAAUUUAGUUACCGUGGCAUUACUCGUGCUUGCAGGCACCGUCAGCGGAGAUUUCUUCGCUGAGGUGGACCUCAAGCAACACAUGGAGACGUUCUUCAAGGACCGCUACCCCAUAGAGGACAACCGGCCCACGAGGGAGGCCGCGAGGGAAUACAUCAAGAACAAGUUCUCAUAUUAUGGCCUCGAGGUGCACGAGCAGAAGUUCAACACCACCAUCAACACGGACCCGAAAGGAUUUGGUUCUAACACUGUGACGGUGGAGGGCACAAACAUAAUCGGCAUCAAGAAAGCCAUCACGCAACAAGCCGAUGCAGUGGUGGUGGUGGGCGCCGACUACGACAGCAACGGCCUCUCUGACCCUCUCUUCUACAACGGCGCGGGGGUGGCAGCGCUGCUCGAGGUGGCCCACGUCUACAGCUUCAACACCGACUGGUCUGGACGCUUCGCCGAUAACUUCACUACCAUCUUCGUGGCCUUCGAUAUCAACACCAAGCACUACAAGGGAUCAUCGGGGCGUCCGGGCGGCUACUACUUCGUCAACAAGUGGCUGUGGAACUACAUCGAUCACAACGUCCACUACUUCGGAGGCGCCGUCAUCCUCGACUCAAUUAUGAACGUACAAUAUGAACCCAACACCCAAACCCUGACCCAAAAUUUCCAUAACCUGUUCCCUGACACGUACCAGAGAGUAAUAGAGAGCGGUGGCAAAGGCGACUUCCUGGCUAUGGUGUCUUUGAAGGGGUCUGAGGACUCCACCAAGCUGAGCGACCAAUUCUCGGGAGCCUACUACAAGGACCGUCGAGGGCAGCGUUACAGGCUGGAGAACAUGGUGAUGAUUAACGGCGGCUCAUUAGAUCCGAUGAUUGAGCUUAUCGUCGAGUGUGACAACAUUCACUUCUGGGCCUUCAAGGAUGACAGGAACAACUCCAUCGCCCUGCCAGCUCUCCUCCUUACAGACACCGCCACCUUCCGCAGCAACCCCAAAGAAGGCUGCUCCACCUGCCGGCCUGUGGAUCUACUGACGGAGGAGAGGCUGGAGUUCGUCAACGCCACCGUCCGGGCCACCACUCGCUUCCUCCUCGAUCGCCAGGCUACCCUGUUGCCGCCUAAAGAGUCCAACGCUGUGUCGAGUCUCCCAUCAAUCCUUAUGACUGCUCUAAUGAUGUGUCUAGUCCGCCUCUACAUGUAAUGCGAGGGAGGAAAGGAAGGAAGGAAGGAAGGAAGGAAGGAAGGAAGGAAGGAAGGAAGGAAUUAAUUCCUUCGUCUCCACAUAAUUCACACAACAGCCUUGGAAUCCUUAUAUACCCAAGCAAAAGAGAUUAGCGACCAUACCAUCCUUUUUCAGCAUCUGAACCUCUUGUAACUCUCUUAGAUCCCUUUCUUGAUCAUGGAAAGCGAUAUUAAGAGUGACUUUGUAAAUCAUGAAUGUGUAAAUACCAAUACAAAAACCUGAGUGACAAAUUAACAAGUGUAUUAAAAACCAAAGGCAUGGUAAUUAUAUUGGAUUUCUUUAUAUGAUUUCCAGUCCUGAUCGUCUUUUAUUUUCGGAAUUGUAAGUUUAAGAAUUUUCUCAUCCUUUAUUUAGAGUUAAAACGCCUAUGUUCUUAAUUACACAGAAAAAUGAAGUUGAAGUUUGAUUCUUUUAAGUUUGACAUCAGUUUUAAGUUUAUUUUUAGCUCUAAGGAAGGUGUGUGUGUGUGUGUGUGUGUGUGUGUGUGUGUGUGUGUGUGUGUGUGUGUGUUGUGGUGAUGGUGGUAAGGGUCAUUGUUAUAUUUUUUUCUCUCCACACAGUCAACUCGAUACCUAUCUUCCUCCUCUUCCAUCUCCUCCUUUCCUAUUACCUCCCUGGCUUCUCCUCCGUCUCUCCCAGCACACCUUACAGUUAUCCUCCUUUGAUUUACCUUCGUCUUCGUAAAGUCUGGGUUAGGCUGGGUGCAAAGAGUGGGUUCCAUCACGCGGGAAAAGAUUCAUUCUAUUGAGUUGACGGAGUGUUCCAUUUCUGAAAGAUUAAUAACAUGAGGUUCUGUUGUCUAUGUUAUCAGUAAUGUUUUCAGGUCAUAGUUGCUGUCUAGUCGCCGUCUCGAUCCUUGUUCCACCUGACUGACUAGGUAAUAAAUAUGUGUAAGUCAA